GGUUCCCCCACCUGCAGGAUGGGUCCUUCUUUGCAUGCCAAGAUGGCACUUCGGGGACAGGCUCAGGCCCAGCUCAUGGCGUUAGAUUUCUGUCUCUUUGGGUUUUCCCCUCCCCCAUUAAGAAUUCCCAGUGCAUCCUUUGGGCAUGAAAAGGGGGCUAGAUGUCUCUCUUCCUCCCUGCAUUUGCCUGUCCCUGGCAGUAGCAGCUUGCCCAAAGGGGCUGGGGGUGGAGGGGCACCAAAGGAGGAAGCUUGGGUUGCUCCUCUCCUGCCCCACAGCUCUGCCUGCCAGCACACAGCACAGCUCUCAGGUGGGGCAGGAGAGAGAGGAGCCACCCAAGCUGCUACAUAGGGAACUGCCAUAUACAGAGUCAGACCCUUGGUCCAUCUCGCCCAGCAUUGUCUUCACAGACUGGCAGAGGCUUCUCCAAGGUUGCAGGCAGGAACCUCUUUCAGCCCUCUCUUGGAGAUGCUGCCAGGGAGGGAACUUUGAAACCUUCUGCUCUUCCCAGAGCGGCUUCAUCUCCUGAGGGGAAUAUCUUGCAGUUCUCACACAUCAAGUCUCCCAUUCAUAUGCAACCAGGGUGGACCCUGCUUAGCUAUGGGGACAAGUCAUGCUUGCUACCACAAGACCAGCUCUCCUUUCCGCAGUGGCGCCUCGUUUGGAUCAUUGGGACGAGCCACUCCUGGUCCCUGCUGUUGCGGGUGGUGGUUUGUGGAACCUCCAUGUUCAGGGUCUUGGAAUCCUAGAUGCUGGGGAGCAACAGCAUUGGAGGGCUGUUUGCUUUCUGCCCAGCCAGUGGGCUUCCAGGAGGAAUUUGGUUGGUCACUGUGGAAAGCAGGAUGCUGGCCUAGAUGGACCCCCUGGGGUCUGGUCCAGCUAGGCUCUUCAGAUGUCCUCCCCCACCUAUCCUGAAGCAGUAUAGUCCAUUUGCCACCUCAUUCCCAUCUCAUUCUGCUGCAUGUGCAGACUGGGUCCAGGUCCCUGCCUGCUGAAGAGGAGAAGGCUUCCUGUUCCUUCUGUGGGAGUGGCUUGCCUGCCAGUCCUAUGUGGACUUGCAUGUGUUCCUAUUAGAUGUUUGCCAGCGAUCUAUAUCCCCACAUGCAUUUGCAAGAUGUGUCUGCUGUCAUUCCUGGCAAGUGUUGUUUAUUCAUUUUGAAAAAUGGCUACCUGCCCUAUCACCAGAGGCUCUUGGAACGGAUAUCGAUUUUUAAAAUAUACAACAUAAAAAUGAUCACUUGUGCAGUCGGGCACCUUGGUCCUCAGGAAGAUAUGUCCACGCUCUUUCCCUCUCUUUUCCCACGAGUCACCGAAGCACUGUGGUUUAAUUUGGAUCGGCCGUGUGUGGAUGAGAAUGAGCUGCAGCAGCAGGAACAGCAGCACCAGGCCUGGCUGCAGAGCAUAGCUGAGAAAGAUAACAACUUGGUCCCCAUUGGGAAGCCUGCCUCCGAGCAGACUUACGAUGAGGAGGAAGAGGAGGAGGAUGAAGACGACGAAGACAGCGAGGAAGACUCUGAAGACGACGAGGACAUGCAAGACAUGGACGAGAUGAACGACUACAAUGAAUCUCCCGAUGACGGGGAGAUCAACGAGGUGGAUAUGGAAGGAGCGGAGCAAGACCAAGACCAGUGGAUGAUCUAACCCUGAGGUGAAGCUCAUUUCAGCCUUUGGAUCUCUGUCUGUUCCCUCCCAAGCAGGGAAACGGGAGGCUGUCUCUCCGCAAGCCAGGCUGUUGUCUGUGAGACGUGUCAUGAUGGGUAUGCUUCAAACCCUGCUCCAGAUCCCGGCUGGCAAGGGGAUCCAUUUCCACCCUGCCUUGUCAGCGCUGCCCGGACAGCCUCCUCUCUUGUGGGCCAGCUUGAAAACUCCAGAGAGAGGAGAGGGUUCAGCCGCUGGCAAGGCAGCCUGUCUCCUCUGGACAGGGAGGAGGGGAGGGGUUCUCAGCAGAAACGAUUUUGUCAAUAAACCUUUUUGUUUCUCGUGUUC